GGUCAUUCCGCCUCUUGUCUUCUCGUCACUCUCAUCUCUCUCAGAGAAAAGCCUCUCGUAGCUAGAGGAGGAAUCAAACAAUGGUGUUUGUCAAGUCUGACAAGUCAAAUGCGUACUUCAAAAGGUACCAAGUGAAGUUCAGGAGAAGAAGAGCUGGUAAGACUGAUUACAGGGCAAGGAUCCGUCUUAUCAACCAAGAUAAGAACAAGUAUAACACACCCAAGUAUCGUUUUGUUGUGAGGUUUACCAACAAAGACAUCGUGGCACAAAUUGUCUCUGCUAGCAUUGCUGGUGACAUUGUGAAAGCUUCUGCUUACGCACAUGAGCUUCCUCAGUAUGGUCUCACUGUUGGCCUUACAAACUACGCUGCAGCAUACUGUACUGGGCUUCUUUUGGCUCGCCGUGUUCUGAAGAUGCUGGAAAUGGAUGACGAGUAUGAGGGCAACCUAGAGGCCACCGGUGAGGACUUCUCAGUUGAGCCAACUGAUUCAAGGAGACCUUUCCGUGCUCUUCUUGAUGUUGGACUUAUCAGGACCACAACAGGAAACCGUGUGUUUGGUGCUCUCAAGGGUGCUUUGGAUGGAGGUCUUGAUAUCCCCCACAGUGACAAGAGAUUUGCUGGUUUCAACAAAGAGAACAAGCAACUUGAUGCUGCAAUCCACAGGAACUACAUCUAUGGUGGCCACGUCUCAAACUACAUGAAGAUGUUGGCAGAAGAUGAGCCAGAGAAGCUUCAAACUCACUUCAGUGGUUACAUCAAGAAAGGAGUUGAAGCCGAGGGUAUUGAAGAGAUGUACAAGAAGGUACAUGCAGCUAUUCGUGCAGAGCCCAACCACAAGAAAACUGUGAAAUCUGCUCCCAAGGAACACAAGAGGUACAACUUGAAGAAAUUGACAUACGAAGAGAGGAAGAACAAGUUGAUCGAGAGAGUCAAGGCAUUGAAUGGAGCAGGUGGUGAUGAUGAUGAUGAGGAUGAUGAAGAGUAAAUCAGUCCAGCUUUCUUUAUCUCGCGUCUCUUGUAGCUUUUUAUCUUUUGAGCUUAAUGCCUAAAUUUUUCUGUUUUAAGACUACAACACUCAGCUUUUGUCUUCACAUUUUAAUUGUGUUCGAGGAUUUUGAUUUUGAGGAUACAUUUUCUAUUAAGAAUUUAUCAUCUUAUUAUCCC